UCAGAUACUUCCAAAUGUAUAGAAUGCCAAACCAUUGGCGGUAAACGGGGCAAACUAUAAACGGUUCACUCCAAAGUACAGUAUAUCACUGUCGGCACACGUGGUCGAGCACUUUUUACUUUCAACAGAGUGGCCGAAAUAUUGUUAUCAGCUACGGCGCGGAACCAGGAUAACAGUGGAAAGCAGUUAUCAGUUUCAAGUGGCAGUUCAAUAAGUAUGGGGAGCUCUGGUAAAAGUGAUGAAAAUAAGCAACGUGGCAACUGGACAGGGCGGUUAGACUUCAUUCUUUCUUGCAUUGGCUUUGCAGUUGGCUUAGGCAACAUAUGGAGAUUCCCAUAUUUGUGUUACAAAAGUGGUGGAGGUGCUUUUAUGAUCCCAUAUUUAACGUUCCUUAUACUUUGUGGUGUCCCACUGUUCUUUCUGGAGAUUUCAUAUGGGCAGUUUUCCAGCCUGAGCCCUGUAUCUGUUUGGAGGUUUUGUCCGCUGUUUAAAGGUGUGGGCUAUGGAAUGGUGAUAGUGUCCGGGAUUGUUUGCAUCUAUUACAACAUCAUCAUCACAUGGACUCUCUACUACCUGUUCAUGUCCUUCAGGAGGGUUUUGCCGUGGAGCACAUGUGACAACGUCUGGAAUACUGUGAAUUGUGCUUUACGAGGCAUUCAUGCUGGCAACAGCACUGACAAUGACACGCUGUCUGCCAAUGAAACCAGCUUUCCAUUUCAGGAUUUUGGUAACACCGUGCAAGAAAUGGUUCAGAACAGCUCUGCCUUGUCAUCUGCAAUCAACAAGUCUACUAAGGUGACUGCAAGUGAGGAAUACUGGAGGAACCAUGUGCUGGAACUUUCUGAUGGAAUUGAUGACAUUGGUCAAAUUCGGUGGCAGCUCCUACUCUGCUUGGCCCUGGCCUGGAUCUUAGUCUUUCUCUGUCUAUGCAAAGGGAUCAAGUCUUCUGGAAGGGUUGUCUAUUUCACGGCCACAUUUCCAUACCUAGUUCUGCUGAUUUUGUUGGUAAGAGGAGUUACUCUCCCAGGCUCCAUGGACGGAAUAAGAUUUUACAUGGUUCCACAGUGGGAAAGACUUCUUGAAUUCAAGGUGUGGGGAGAUGCUGCUGUUCAGAUUUUCUACUCUGUUGGAAUGGCCUGGGGUGGAUUGGUCACCAUGGCCAGUUACAAUAAGUUCAACAACAACGUGUACAGAGAUGCUAUGAUGUUGCCUUUGAUGAACUGUGGAACGUCUGUUUUUGCCGGCUUUGUCAUUUUUUCCAUCCUUGGAUUCAUGGCUCAUGAGACUGGAGUUAGCAUUGACAAAGUGGUCACACAAGGUCCAGGCUUGGUGUUUGUGGUGUACCCAGAGGCUGUGACCAAUCUUCCCAUCUCCCCGCUCUGGGCCAUCCUCUUCUUCCUCAUGCUGUUCACAAUUGGACUGGACAGUCAGUUUGGGAUGUUCGAGACAAUGACCAGUGCUUUUGUGGAUGAGUUUCCACAGUACCUGAAAGGGAAGAAGACUCUCUUUACUGCCCUGCUGUGUUUUAUUGAGUUCCUUCUUGGCAUUCCGUGCAUAACUCAGGGUGGUGUCUAUGUCCUCCAGAUCAUGGACUGGUAUGCAUCCAGCUUCUCCCUUAUGCUGAUUUCCUUGAUGGAAUGUGUUGUCAUUUCAUGGGUGUAUGGGAUAAACCGCUUCUACAAGGACAUUGAAUUGAUGAUUGGUUACCAGCCCAGUGUAUGGUGGAAAAUCUGUUGGUGUUUCAUUACCCCAGCUGUGAUUCUGUUUAUCUGGGCAUUUAGCGUGUCCCAGCUGGCCCCUGUGUCCUACGGUGAUUACCAGUACCCAGCCUGGGCUAUUCGGUUCGGAUGGUUUCUGGGUGUCCUCUCUCUCCUUCCUGUGCCAAUUGUGAUGCUGAUUGAGAUGCUUAAGGCUAAGGGGUCCUUCAUUCAGAGGCUAAAAAUAUGUAUGAGCCCGAGAGCAGAUUGGGGACCUGCAGUGGAACAGUUCCGUGAACAGUACAUUGCAUCUUUGAGCAAGAGGGAGCGAGAGCGCUGUGGUAUCGAUCAGGCAGGAGUGCGCUUGCGGAGUUCCGUGAACGCCUGCCCUAAGGCGCUGGAGGCAGGUUGCCCAGAAUCUGGUGCUGUAGUGUGUCCAGACGAGAACCUUAUCUUGAAACAGUCAGACAGUGCAUGUUAAGGUGAUGUUAAGGAUGCGUGAUGUCCAGUCAGAGUGAUGUUUGUGGUGGUACUUCAGUUUAGCUUCCAGUACUCUAUGCUAGCACGCUCAAGUGCCUGUUGCGCCAAGUUGUCACAAACCAUGCCAAGUUCAAAUUGGUUGUUGGCACGUGUACAGAGAUGUUUUGUAUAUCCAGACAACCGUGAUGUAUCUUCUCAAAGAAGCUUUUUAAAGAGAACUUAAUGCUAUAUUUCAAGCACCUAUUUUAGAAGAUGGCAUUUAAUAAUGGAUAUUGAAUUUCAUAAUAUUCUGUUUAGUGGAUCAUGUUGGUAGUAAGAUAUUUUGAUGGCAUUUGAGUGAGGAUGUUGACAUUUUAGCUUUGAGACAUGCUGUGGUCUGGGAGUACACAGGUUUGUUAACCCAAGACUUUAAUUUGGUUAAGAAUCGUUAACAUAUUUGUAUUAGUAUGAAUUUUGUUAUAUUAUGUGUUUGGUGUUUGGUGUGUGACCAGUAUGUUGGCUUCAUUAAGAUGUAUGGGUUAAGAGAUUAUCCACAUGCAGAAAUUUGACGUUUGUAGGUUAUUCUCCUAAAGUAUUUCAGGGAGUGUGGUUGAUUUCACAGAGAAAAUUUUGAUUCAGAUUUGAACUCCAAGCAUCAAGUACAAAGCACUUACAUGCAUAUGUAAAUUAGUGUUUAAAUUUUUAACUGAAGAGUAAGAAUAGCUUUGUGGAAUUGAUCCAUGUUCAUACUGAGUUUAUAGUAGGAUCACAUUUUGGCUGCCCACAUGUAGUUAUAGUUAUGUCAAGCCUAUCCUUUGGUAUUUGAUACACCAUUUUCAGUUCGAUCAAGGCCCAUGGUACAAACUAACUUCUCCAGUAAACAAAUUACUUGGUCACAAACAUUAAGUAUAGCAAACAAACAAACAAAAAAAAAAAGAUGCUUUCUAUAUCAAAUCCUAGUAUUUUCCAUAGCUUUGGUUGGAUAAUACAAAAUUCACAGGCAUAUAUAAUUUACUGUGUACUUCAUGAAAGCAUGUUAUGUAGCUACAUAUACACAUGUUUUAAGAUUUCGCUGCUUACUGCGAAGUGGAUCACAAAAGUUUAAUUCGGCUGAUCAGAACCACACCAUGCACAUUUAGUAAUUUCUAGCCUGCAAGCCUUUGCUCUAGCUUUGCUAUAGUGUUGACAUCCCUGUUUGGAUGUGACUUUAUGACUUAGUUUAUAACCCAGUUGGUUCACAAGGGUGAAGAAACUCCUCUUACAAUCACAGAUCCUGUUCUCAAAAAAGAGAAUAAGAUAUGAGAACAGGUGAGCAAAGUGAACUGUACCAGACUGAAUGCUUCAGUUACAUGCACUUGCACUCCAAUUGGUUAACAAGGGCAACUUCAGUUUAAAAUGAAAAGCUCUACCAAUAGACUUCAAGCAUCAGUGACCAUGAUUUGAUACAAUAAUUUAUCUCUUGAUGUAAAGCAAGUUCAGUUUUCACUAACCAAUCCUUGUAAUUGUACUCGUGUAUUUUUGGCUUCAUCUUACAUGUACAUGUCCUAGUUUCUGUGAAUCUCUCUCUAGACUUCAUCCAUACUCGGCCAAAAUCUCUCUCUGGACUUCAUCCAUACGUGGCCCAAAACAUCUUCAUGGACAUAUCUACAUGCAGCACAUUACACUUUAAGAUGGCAAUGACGAAAUGGGUAUGUGUAUCAUCCUGUAAGAAGUCAACAAAACUUGAGGUGCUUAAUUGUUGUGUAUAUAGCAGAAGUGCUCUUCCUCAAAACUUAAGGGGUUUUACUUGCAUUUACUUUUGAGUUUUUAAACCAUUUUUGUAUCAGAUCGACAAGGUAUUAUAUUUUUCACUGUAUAUGUAUGCAUAUAUUCAAGUUUACUCCACAUGUGUCAGCCAUUUUGGCAAUUACCAGUGCUGCAUUGUAUGCCAUAUUGUUUAAAGAAAAACAGUGUAGAAAGAUAAAAAUUUGCAGGCUUGAAUCAUGUCAUGGUACAUGGCACAAAUCACAAUAUGGUAUGUAGAAGCCCAAAAGUAGAUACUUUCAGCAAUCACAGCUGGUUAAUAGGCACUACAGAUCUCACUAAUGUACAGUUAAAGUACUUUGUAUCUGAUUGGUUAAGAUCUCAUCUGUUUAGCCAGAAAGUCUGAUGCAUGUGUACUCGAUAAAUAUACCAGUCAUAGUAUGACAAGCUAUCUGUGGGCAAAACUAGAACCAAGGCCCUAUUUGAAGUUCUUCUAAUUUCUUCUCUGGCAGUUUUUGGGAAAGUAAAGAUAUACAUAUUUUGUUCAUUAGAUGGACUAACCAUGUGAAAAAUAGAAACUAUAUAUUCCUGCCAAAAUUACAUGUGAAUUGACCAAAAACAGCAGACCAGAUGUCACAAGAAUUAGAAGAAUUAGGGCAUGAUAAACUGACAGCUGGAGAUUGUGUUAUUGUAAUGAACAAUUUUUCUUUGGCUGAGCAUUUCCAAUCCUACAUUUAAUCCACGUGAUUUCAAAGAUGUACAGAAUCGUCAUCGAUUGACUGAGUUAAUUCUAGCCGAGACAUCAGUACAGUUAGUCAUAGAGUGCGCAGUGACCUCUACAUGUCUACUGUCAGCUUAUCCAUCUCCUGCAACAGACA